ACCAGGGGUAAGAGAUGUUUAUGAUAGUAACCACUCAUAGCUGGCAAGAAAAAAAAAAUAAACAGAUAGAUAUACAACUCAUUCUCCUCUGUUAUCCCAAUCAUACCUUUACUUGAAAUUUGUGCAAAAUGACCAAAAUAUCUCCUUCUCACUGAGGAAGUUCCUUGAAGUUUUCUGACAAAAGUACCUUCUAUUGUUGGUCACACAAAAUAUAUUAUGAGGACACAUAAACAUACUUAUUUAAUUUAGAAUAUACUAUUUUAGUAUAACGCCUCACAGAUUCUCUUUGCUAAUAGUGCACUAAUUGAAAAGUCAAGUCUUUAAUUGUGGAAUAAUUGUAUAGCAAUAAGAUAGUUAUCUCUCAGCUAUACACGCAUAUAUUGAGUGAGAAUGAGAGAUGUAUGUAAGACAAUGAAUAGGAAAGACAAAAACAUAAAUGACAUGAUAUAUUCUUAUACAGAUCACCUUUCUAAACUCGUGGAUGAGUAUUUAGCUCAGUGGUUGGCAACUAGGUGUUUGAAGUUUCCGUAAGUCCUAGAAAAGUUGUUGAUUCGAUCAUUUUACCUCACCCUUAUUGAAAUAUAGUAGUUAUAUUAGGUUAAUAGUAAGUAAUAAGUGUUUAAUGAUUUUUUUUUUUUUCUGACCUCUAAUGUGUCCAUAUAUGACUUCAGUGUGGAUAUUACCACAAAAAAGGAAAAGAGUUGUACAGCUCAAUUGACAUUUCAAUCCUGAAGCAUGGUCACAUUUAUCAAAAUUAUAAGGAACUUAAAUUAAAAAAAAAAAAAAAAAGAAAAAAGACACAUAAUGCAUUUUCCUUCCUUACUAAAGAAAAAGGGCAAUGUUAUCAAGAAGGAAUUAUUGUUUAGAAAAGCACCCAUUUCGUUGACCCUUAAAACUCCCCCAUGGCGGCCCCUACACAUAAUCCUCCUCUUCCUAUAAAACACAAAACGCCUCUCUCUCCUUUCUAAGCAAUAAAAGAGGAGUAAGGAAGGAACAGAAAAUACAAAGCCAAGGCUAGUUGGCUAAGUAGAGACUAGAGAGGAACGAUUGAAGUUGAAGCAUGAAGGAGGUCUUGGACUGGUGUUGGCUUCUGGUUCUAUCCCUCUUAUUGUUAAUUCUACUCUUGAAGGUGAUGUGUUUGCUAUGGUGGAGACCCAGAAGAAUCGAAGAGCAUUUCGCAAAGCAAGGAAUAAAAGGCCCUCCUUAUCGUUUCUUCAUAGGCAACAUUAAGGAGCUCAUGGGGAUGAUGUUAAAGGCCUCCUCACACCCUAUGCCUCUCUCUCAUAACAUAGUCCCUAGGGUCCUCUCCUUCUAUCAUCACUGGAAGAAAAUCUAUGGUGCAACCUUUCUGGUAUGGUUUGGACCCACUGCUCGAGUGACAGUAUCAGAUCCAGAGCUCAUAAGAGAGAUCUUCUCCUUUAAGUCGGAAUUCUAUGAGAAGAAUGAGUCUCACCCACUCAUGAGACAGCUUGAAGGUGAUGGUCUCUUGACCCUCAAAGGUGCCAAAUGGGCUCACCACAGAAAAAUCAUCCAACCCACCUUUUUUAUGGAUAAUCUCAAAAUGUUGAUACCCGUGAUGGGGAAGAAGGUGGAGGAGAUGAUGGACAAGUGGUCGGCAAUGUCGGACGCCACCGGCGGCGGCGGCGGCGAAGAAGUAGAGAUUGAAGUGUCAGAGUGGUUUCAGACCUUGACGGAGGAUGUCAUCACUUGUACGGCUUUCGGCAGCAGCUACGAAGAAGGAAAGGCCGUAUUCAGAUUGCAGGCUAAGCAGAUGGUUUAUGUCGCCGAGGCUUUCGAGAAGAUCUUCAUUCCUGGCUACAGAUUCAUUCCGACGAAGAAGAACAGGAAUUCUUGGAUUUUGGAGAGAGAGAUCAAGAAGUCACUUGUGAAGCUCAUCGAACGGCGGAGGGAGAAUUCAGGGGAUGAGAGUGAGACACCUGAGGGAUUCCAGAGUCAUAAGGACUUGCUGGGGCUGAUGAUCAAAGCCGGAGCUGAUGGUGAUAAGGUGCAGCAGAGAUCAUCAUUACCGGAAAAUGGUUCUUCUCCGGCAGCGGGGUCGGCGAUCACAGUGAGGGAUAUAGUGGAGGAGUGUAAGAGCUUCUUCUUCGCUGGGAAGCAAACGACCUCCAAUUUGCUGACAUGGAUCACAGUUUUGUUGGCAAUGCACCCAGAGUGGCAGCGGAAAGCACGUGAUGAGGUUCUCAGGGUGUGUGGCUCACGUGAUUCCCCCUCCAAGGACGCCAUCCACAAGCUCAAGACGCUGAGCAUGAUCGUCAACGAGACGCUCCGAUUGUACCCGCCAGCCAUUGCGACGAUAAGACGGGCCAAGGCUGACGUGGAGCUUGGUGGCUAUAAAAUCCCACGUGGAACUGAACUCCUGGUACCAAUUCUAGCCGUUCAUCAUGACCAAUCAUUGUGGGGCCACGAUGUGAACGAAUUCAACCCAGCUCGAUUCUCUGAAGGUGUGACCCAGGCCGCGAAUCAUCCAAUGGCGUUCAUACCAUUUGGCCUUGGGGCCCGCACAUGCAUCGGACAGAACUUGGCAACGCUACAGGCAAAAUUAGCAAUUGCCGUUAUACUGCAACGCUUCUCUUUCCGACUUGCACCCACCUAUCAACAUGCACCAACGGUUCUGAUGCUCCUACACCCACAAUAUGGUGCACCAAUCAUCUUCCGACACUUGUUGGCGUCUGAAACCUCCAUCUCACGAGAUCAAGGAUCCUGAGUCACAAAUCAUGCCCAUGCAGCCAAGCAUUACAACAUUUUUGAGAAAGAUGAAAAAAAAAAAAAUUGUUCCUGAUUAGUCGAAAGGACCAUUAUGCUCCUACCCUACUUUGCACAUCUGACCACCAUCCACAUGUCAUUUUACUGUUAGUUUAAAAUUCAUAAUUAAAUCUUCUACGAAAAAAAAUUAAAAAAUCCAUAA